AUGAGCUUCAGCUUUGAGGCAUUGCGGGGCCUCUUAUCAAAAGGUUUGUUGCAUAAAAAGCUUUUUUUCAAUUAUUGCUUAUUCACACCAGAAACCAAAAUGUUUCUUGUUAACCUCACCAAGUUUUAACUAUUAAUGCUUAGCUGUAAGCCUGAAUGCUUUAGACACAAUUUUUCACAAUUUUUUCUCUGUGGGAUUACCUAAGGUACGGAAAUAAUAACAAUCUUUUGACAACGUAAAUUCAUCAAUGGUUUGCAGGAUACCCUUAAGUCGGGAUACUAAAAUCUAAAAAAAUGAAAGGAACAAAAGCUAGUGGGAGGCCUACCUCCUCACAACAUUUUUAUCGAAAUUAAUCGGGAAAUAGAAAUUUACACUUCAUUAUAUUUUUUCAUAAAUGUAUAAAUUGGCUUCUGUAGAUUCAUGUCCAGUUGUGUAAAAAAAUAAACACCGAUGAAAAAUAGGAUUUCAUGAGCGAGCGAUAAGCUGGCGAGUGAUUCCCCUUUUAGCAAGUGAAUUAGUUCCGUUUUAAUGUGUUAACCAAAGACGGAGGGAUAAUGCCUCUAAUGAGCCUGAAUGUUAGUAGAAAUGACCCUUUUUAUUUCUCUUUAUGCUCCUUGUAAAUGGAAAAUUGUUAUUCUUUAGUCACAAAACCCAUAACAUACAAACAGAAUAACUGUAGAUAUAGAGAUUUCACGUUGAAAAAAUUGAGUUGAACUCUUACAAUCUCAUCGUUACUUACCAUUUUAAUAAAUCUUUCAUUUUGACAUACAGUCUUAAGGUUCAAUAUCGAGAGAGUUUCAUUUCAUUUUAUUUUUCAAUAAAGACAGGUAAAGGCAUAUUAUCCUCGUAUUCAUGUUUCUCAAAACAGGUGAAGAUGAGUUGAUGUUUACAAAAUCAAAAACGAGAGCCAUCGGUUUCAAAAGUACCAUCAAACACAAGACUUGAUAAAUAGAAUAUUGCCUAAGUAUUCAGUGAAACCUUACCAAAAUUCAAAUGAUCAAAUUCUAGUUUCUGGUGUUCUGCUUUACGAUAAAAUGUUCUCUUUUUUAAUGAAAGAUUGUACGAGCCGAUCGAAAUAACAAAUCGUUUUGGUUUUAGUCUUUGUACACAGGCUCACCAUUCAUGCAAGCUGAUCAAACUCAUUUUAAGCUGAUUAAACUCAUUUUAAGCUGAUUAAAACAUGACGUUAAUGUUCCUUUAAUUUGACCGCCGAACCGCUCUUUUUUAGUUCGUGAGGUUAAAAUACAGUUGAUUAGCAGCAAAAUGUGCUACUUCAUAUGCUAAUACAUCUCCUAGAUAAACUGGCUUGCAUUCUAUAAACUUCUGGAGCGUUCUAUCUCAUUUAACUACACGUAAACCAGGAGCUGUUAACAAUAGAACAUAUGCCAUCUAUGUAAUAGUGUAGUUUGAUCGUCCGGGUGAGCGUAGUCCUGAGAAGGACUGUUGUCGGUAGUGGUGACUGACGUUUUCGACAACCUGACUUCCGCUCAGGUUGUCGAAACAACCCCCGGGUUCAAACCAUUUAAAAGCCAUCAAAUUAGCUAUUCAUAAUUUCCCUCUUAAUUUGAAGAUAAACCCAAAGAAGCAAAACAGAAAUAUGAAUUGACGAGGAAUUCAGAUGUUCAAAGGCAUGAAAGUGGGUUAGAGAGCCCAUCAUUUCCAAGAUGGCGUAUGACGUUUAUGUCGUCAGAAGAAGGAUCAUUGGAGUUAGAUCACGAAUUCUUUGGGAGCGCCUUCUCAAUGUCGGAAAGCCUGAAUCUGGACGCAGCACGCCUGCCUGUCUCAAAAACUAUAACCCACCGACCAUCCAGUCUAGGAGACACCUAUCGCAGGAUCGUAAGUUUACGAAUCUUCUUUACUUUAAAAAAGAAUUCUCUUUCCUUAGCUUGUAGACACGAUAAUGCAGUAGUAAUGCAGUUCCUAUCUACACCUAAGAAGCCUAAAGAAAUGUUGACAUGACGGAAAAAUCACCUUCACAGGCUGAAAUAAGCUUUGGCGAGAGUGAACCACUUGCUUCGUAAGAUUAAAUCACGAGCAUCCACCGCCCUUUUUGUUUCCAAAAACCGAAGAUUUGCAAGUUUUUUUUUUACAUACUAAACUCCAUGGAAUACCCUUGAGGCCUCAUUUGAGCAACUUCGAUCUUAUUUCAGCACCGAAAUUUUACAGUCGGCAAGUCAAUACACUUAGCAGCUCUCGCUGGAGAUCUCAGAGAAGUCCAGCGAUUGAUCAACAAUGGCGUUGGUAAGAUUUCAGCUUGACUGUUGUACUAUGUAGGUGGUGGUGAAUAAGUGAAGCAUUUGCUUGUCCGAUUUAUUAACUCCUCAGAUAUUCAUAAGCCAGAUCACCUUGGUAACACUCCCCUGAUGUGCGGGGUACUGGCUGGUAGCCUCGCUGUCGUAGAGCUGCUGAUCCAGAUGGGAGCUGAAGCUAAAAGAGAAGACAACAUGGGGAACACAACACUGCACUCCGCCAUACAAACUGGCAACGAAGACAUAGUGAAGGUUUGCCUAAGGUCCUUUCGCAGCUAUGAGAGUCACUUACAUUUUAUCCAUUUUAUUACCCAGUCAAGAGCUUCAAACGUUCUUUACCUGGGAACAAGAUGGUGAAAAAAGAUAUUCAUGCUUUGUUUGACAAUUUUUAUCCUUGUAUCUGCUGUACAACCAGCACAGAGCUUUGCAGUUUCACUAAUGUACUAACAGUUGUUUUUUGUUCCUCCUCAGUUGUUGCUUAAUUCCGGUUCCCAAGCUGAUGUAAAUAAAAUUGGCAGUGGUGGUCUUUCUCCGUUGCAGCUUGCAGCUCAGUCAGAUCACGCAAAGUUGUGCAAACUACUUGUGAGUAAAAAGUUCAAUGAUGACAUCUAACCUUUGACCUACAUUAAGACUGGGCUGAGGUUACUGAUGACCAAGAGAAAUAAGCCAACCUAUGGCGUGCAUCGAACCUAAGACCAAACUAAAAUUUAUGUCAAUAGCCAAUAAGAACACAGGAAAAUAUUUCAAGACGAGAAUUUAAAGAACCUUAGAAAUUCAAAGGCCCAAUGAACAACUUGCCUUAUGCCAGUGACCACCAAUGUUCUCAACAGAUCAAGUUAUUAUAGGUCAUCUGGUUGAUUGAAAAAGGUGCCUAAGAGCAUGCAAUGAAGAUAAAUAAUAAUGUAAUAAUAAAGAUAUAACUCGUGUGUUUUAUCUUUCCAGGCUGAUUAUGGAGCCCAGCUGGAUUGUAACCAUGGUAACGCUCUAACACUUGCUGUGUUGAAAGGCUCCAAGGAUGCUGCUGCUUGCCUCUUUGAUCUCAGUAAGAACAUCAGUUGUUCAUGCCACGUUCUUUCUCCUAUUAUUUUAAAUGCGCUUUUGAAAUCUAGACCAAACUCUUCAGUAAUUAUUCUGAAUAGUGCCAUUCUUACAGUCGGCGCCUAAACGUCACGAAAAGCACUCGUCAUUCCUCUGAAGGUAAAUUGAUAUAGCACUGCGAAGUUUGAUCGUAGUCUGUGUGAAUCUGUCAGCAUAUAAUUAAGGUGCGGUCUCAGCAGGCUGUUUAAUCAAAUUAAUGGCCACUGAAGCUAAAAUCAGAAUAACACAAGAGUUUUGUUUGUCUUAUACAGUUGAUGAACGUAACAUGAAAAUGGACUCGUUUAUCUACGAUGUGGAUGACAGCGGAAACAGUCUUCUCCAUCUUGCUGUAGAAAGCUCGGUUUUCCAGGUAUGCAUUAUUUCCACAACUCGAGAAACGAAUAAGAUAGUUGUUAAGAACUAAGUUAUUACUUAAGUAGUACAUAAGUGAUCAACAAUGGACUACAUGUAGCAUCCUAUCUGGGAGGUGUAAAAAUUCUUGUGAACUGACCAGUAAACUGAUUAUUAGUCUGUAGAUUUGUGUCUUUCAUACGGAGCUAAAAUGGUCGUGACAAGGGUAAGUGAUUUCUCAAUAAGACGUUCAUUUGCAUUCCAUAAGUGAUUUCACGUUAAAUUUAAGCACUGGCACUAACUAUGAAAUUCAUAUCCCCUCUAAAUUUUGUAAAUGACGUAUUUCAGAGUAAAGAUGGCAGUACACCGUUUCAUUGCGCAUGUGCGUUAGGGAACCUUGAUGUGGUGAAACGUUUUUAUGAACAAGACAAGGAGGCUUUGGGCUGUAUUCCCAAAGACAAUCAAGGAAUGUCUCCACUGCACAGGUCAGUUUUCUAUGUUCGGCAAAUAUUCCCCAUAAUGAAAUUAUUUGAAAUAUAAAAAUGUAAACCCAGUUAAAUAUAGUUGGAGGCAAGGGUGCUGGACUUCACUUAAUUUGCUGAGUGUGUUCGAUUCCUCACCGGGUGAUCACAACGUGUUCAAUAUAAGAAGAGAGGAUUAAUAUUUGUUAAACUUCGUCGGUAUAUAUGUGGAAACCAAAGAGACAUUUGGCAAACUUGCUGUAAAUAAGUAUCUGCCUAUGAAAAGACUUCUAAAAGUUUUUCACUGUGUAAACUUUGUAAGUUGUGAGUGUCUCGGUUCGUGAGAAUAACCAUACUUAAGAAAUUACUUCACAAAACAAGCUCAAAUACUUAGGUUAUUGAAUGCAAGAUUUUAACUGAUAAGAGAAACUGGCAUAGGUAUGCUACUAAUAUGAAAUACAUAUUCCGUGGUUUGGUGAAAUGACAACAAUUAGUUUCUGAUUACUCUUUUAGGGCUGCUGGAAAUAAUCACGCGAAAGUUGUAAAGUUUCUGCUAGAAAAGGUAUCUUUUCAGAACUUUGCUAUCUUUUCGGUCGGCAAAUUGUUAGUCUCUUGAGUCAGUCCGUCUGUUGGUCCGUGGGUCGUUCAGUCCUGUCCAUAAACCGCCAUGGUCUUUGCCAUUAGUCCAUAAAUUUUUGUCUUUCAGUGGCGUCUCAACGUCUCCAUGUAUUUCAAACUCUUGCGAUUGGUACCAACGAGAAGAGAGAGUACUGUACUAAAAAUGUGUUCAAUGUUUUUCCAUAUAUGGAAUUUCAGGAUUUUCCAGUAAAUCCCCGAGAUGCUAAAUGCAGGACACCCUUGUCGUUGGCUUCGGCUGUGGGUGGACUGGAAUCUGUCCAAGUUUUGCUGGAAUUUUCUGCUGACGUCACUGUAAAGGAUUUUAAUCUUCGGUCGGUGUUACACCUCGCCAUCGGUCACAACAUGACUCUGGAGGCUCUCUUGAAGGUCAAUAUCAUCGUCUGAAUCAUAUCUCAAGAGAAAUAUGCUUGCAUUGGCACGUAAUUAAGCUGAGCUAUUCUUUUGACAGGUGCCUAUCUCAAAACAGCUUAUAAAAGAGAAAGAUGUCCAUGGAUUUGCUCCAAUUCAUUAUGCAGUUCAGAGUGGAAGCCUACAGGUAUUAAGUGGUUUUUCCUUGAUGGGAAUAUUUUUUUAAUUCACUUCCACCAGUUUUUAAGCCCUCUCUUGAGCUAUGAAGUCAUUCAUUUUGUCAUGUAAGUUUAGGGAAAACGUGCAUGGAUAAGGAAAUUUUCAGACACAAACCUAGAGCAGCGGUAACACAUUUGGUUAAUGAGUAGAUCACGUGAAAUAACAUAGAACUCUGUUUCUAUGCAGGAUGUCUCUUUACUUAUUUCCUACGACAUGGUUGUAACAGAGGUCGUAUCUGACUCCCUGGAUACAGCACUGCACCUGGCUGCAAGGUAAAUAAUUUUCAAAUGUCUGUGUUGGGCAGUUGAGUGAUAAGAGAAAUUAUUGAAGUCUUGAAAAUUCGUUGUGAGUACUUUAGCUAUUCCAAUUUUUUUAAGGUAUGGAUUUUCUGACAUUACCGGAAAGUUGUUAGAAAACAGAAACGAACGCCUCAUCAAUGCUGAAAACAACCAGAAGAGAACCGCUUUACAUCUGGCCUGCAUGGAAGGACAUCAUGCUGCUACUGCUGUCCUAGUAACAGACUCUGCAAUACAAAGGUGGGGAACUGGGUCCAAGAAAGAAGUUUUUUCCUCGUUGUAUAUAGUUUUGCCACAAAAUGUAAGAUGAGGUGUUUUCUUUUGGUCCAUAUCUGUCUCCUGCUUCCCAACCUUGCCAAGGGACUUAAGGACUUGUGCGACUAUCAGAAUGACCAGAACAUUUAACAUGUUUGAAAAAGGGUUGAAAUACACCUUAGAAGAAAAAAUUAAUUUUAGUUUUAUGUUUCGUAUGACAGGGACAUCAACCAACGCUCGCCACUACACCUGGCUGCAACACAAGGCUCACUAAAAUGCGUUGAGCUCGUGAUAAAGUUUCACCCAGAUUGUCUUAACUCCUGGGACCGAAAUGAGGUAUAGUGAAAUUUGUAACAGAAGCAAUUCCGCUUAUCAAGUACAUAAGCUAUUUAUCUAAAAUCACAAAGUUAUGUUUCGUAAUUGGCCUUUCCUUGAAUUCACUCUCACAGAAUACAGCUAUACAUCUAGCCGCUAUAGCCGGGCAUGCGCACAUAGUGCAGUACCUGAUGUCCUUUCAAGAGCUGCUCUUUAUGAGUAACGCGCGAGAUAAGAACGCUCUAGACCUCGCUAUUGAUCACGGCAGAGAGAAUGUCGCCAUGGUGAUGAUAGAGCAUAAGAGGUAACGUCACGUUGAGUUGUCGCCACGUCAUAUCAUGUCACGCUUUGUCACGUCAUGUCAUUCCACGGCACGACUUCUCAUAAAAGUCAUUCUAUGUUAUAUCAUGCCAGGUGAGUGUCUGUCUAGUAACAUCAUCUCAUAACAAGUCAAGUCGUGUUAUUUGAUUGUAUCACAUCAUGUCAUUCCACGGCACGACUUCUCACGACAAGUUAUUCUACGUCAUAUCAUAUCACGUGAGAGUCUUUCUAGUAACGUCAUCUCACAACAAAUUGUCAUAUUAUUUCUAGCCUAUUCUUUGCGCGUUAGUGCAUUUGCCUGUUGAUUUUGCCAGUUUUAUUCCAUUAAUAUCAUUGUUACUUGUUUUAUCCACAUCUCUUUUUACGUUAUUAUCAAGCUUUCAUAUUUGCGCUGCAGAUGGAAGGAAGCUCUUCAUUCCACCAUAAGUGACAGACAGUCUCAAAUAGAAUCACUGGUACAGAAAAUGCCAAGAGUAGUGGAGGUUCGUCUUAAACGAAUAUAGUAAUGGUCCACUAUUGUAUUUCCUCAAUCUGUUUCUAUCACAAGUGAAUAAGCGGGUGUUUUAGUUUCAAUUAACAUCGAAUUUGGAUUUUUCCCAAAAGAAUUAUCUCAAUCAAAGAUGAAAAUUGACCUUGUACAAAUGAAGUCGCUUUCACUGACAACAGAACCUCUUGAUUGAACAUGUCGACAACCAGUGCUGACUUAUCUUUGUACCCAGCGUCUUUUAGAUCACUGCAUCGUGGAAGAAGGCCAGGUUACAGAUUACAAUUACAAGGUAAGGGUGGUGAAAGUUCACUAUGAACUUUACCAUCGCUGUUUAAUUAUAAAUGUAUUUUAAAAAGAUUGUGUCGUCUUUUUCUCAGGUAACUUAUGACUUGAGAUUAAUCCAAGGAAUGGAUGCUAAUGGGGAUAAAACAAAACAUUCCCUGAACCACUUGCGGGUGAGGAGAUUAAUUUGCGAUGUUCCAAUACAUUAAUUCUGGCUUAUACUGUCAUCUCUAAAUCAAUAAUUAUCCAAGAAAAUUUGUCUGGGCUCCCACGAAAUAAAUCUAUCUACAAAACUGAUAAGGAAUCCAUAAUUUUCUUUCGAUGAUGAAACUAGCUCUCGAAAGGAAAUCCUUAACGAGACUUGGACUGUUUGAAGGAUUUCAGGUUUGUUGUGAUAAUCUCAGCAAACACUUUGUGGUUCUACUGGAGAAAUAGAAAGUUUGCCUCAGUCUUUGAUAAUCCUACGUGUCUUUGAUUUCCCUUUCAUCACAAUAUAGUGUUAACAUUCAGAACAAAAAACAAAGAAAGAAAAAAAGUACUGGACGAUGAAAGCUGUCAAUUUAUUCACUAAUACUGUUGAGUUAAUAAAAAAAUAUUUUUAGCUCCGUGCGUCUUAAAAGGAAAUCGAAAGACAAGAGUUUUCAAAGACGGUUGUAUCUUCAUCACCUUUUAUAAUAGACGCAAAAACAUUAAAAGGUAAGUUUGACAGUAGCUUGCUGGUGUUUAUUCGUUUCAGACGAUGGUGAAAUACAAGAGAGAGAAAUGCAUCGGUCAUCCGGUUUGUUACAGUUUAAUGAGCCUGAAGUGGUGAGAAUAACUCAAAAUAUUUGUGCCAUCUUGUAUGUCAAUUAAACGACUGAGAACAAAAUUGCUACAUGUUUUGAUGAGUGCCAUAAAUUUGUUGUUUAACGACUUAUAUAAAAAAUGAAUUAAUAGCAUAUCUACGUAUUUUUUGCAGGAAGAAGUUUGGUUGGGUCACGUUCAUGUUGAAUUUCUUCACGUUUCUUUUGUUCUUACUUGUACUGACAUAUUUUGCGGUAAAAAGUAAAGCUGAAUGGAUCAAUAAAUGUGAUUCAGAAUGCAAAAACCAGGUGAUCAAGCUUUGUGGUCACUGUUUCCAGAGUUAUUUUGAUUUAAAGUUUCAAAUAGUUGCGUUAACUCUCAACCUAAAAGGUUUCAACAGUGAAAGCAAAUUUUAAAGCAAUGUUAUUAAGGUGCUUUAAACACACAGAAAGCUUGACAUGCUACACCAUACAGUAGCACUUUUUUAGUGUAGUUAAAAGUAAGUAACAUAACAUAAUUCGCGUUUGCCUGGGACUGAAUAAAGAGCCCUGCUGGCCAAUAACCUUUUUUCUUUUUUUAGAGCGGAAGAAAUGACACCUAUUUUGCUUUGACCAUUUUGAUGGCGUUUAACAUGUUCUCCAUAAUCAAAGAGCUCCUGCAGUUGUACAGGCUGGUGAGAUAAGUAAUCAACAUGAGAGCUGUUCUCAAUCAGUCAAUCAACCAGCUAGUCAGUCAGUCAGUCAGUUAAUAAGCCAGUCGGCCAGUCGGAAAAUCAGCCAGUCAGUCAGUCAGCCACUAACUCAGUCGGUCAGUCAGUCAGUAAGUUAGUCAACCAGCCAGUCAGUCAGUCACUCAAUCGGGCAGUCAGUCUGUCAGCCAGUCAGUCAAUCAGGCGGUCAGUAAGUCAGCCAGUCAGUUAACCAGCCAAUCAGUCAAUCAGCCGGUCAGUCAAUCAGCAGUCAUUCAACCAGCCAGUCGGUCAAUCAGCAAGUCAAUCUAUCAGUCAAUCAGUCAGUCAGUCAGUUAAUUAAUCAGUCAAUCAGUCUCCCAGUCAGCCAGUCAAUCAGUAAGUCAAUUAGUCAAUCAAUUAGUCAGUCAGUCAGUUAGUCAGUCAGUUAGUCAGUCAGUUAGUCAGUCAGCCGGCCGGUCAGUCAAUCAGUCACUUAAUCAGUCAAUCAGGCAGUUAAUCACGUAAUCAGUCAAUCAGUCAAUCAGUCAGUCGGUUACUCAGUUAGUCAUUUAGCCAUUGAGCCUCGCAGUGACUCAUGUAAUCUAUGAGUAAAGUCACAAUACCGCCACAAUACACUUUAUUUUUGUCGGCUGAAGCAGCUUGAAGAGUGGCGAACAUCAGUGAAUAAAUAUUCCGUUUUUUCUCAUUAUUCCCUAACUAGCGACUGAAAUAUUUCUGGGAUGCAUCCAGCUACAUGGAUUGGUCUAUAAACCUGUUAGCCUUGGUUUACCUGAUUUCCAAGAAUCCUGGCUGUUUGUGUAAGACGCCUCUUCAGAUGCAUGCAGUAGCAUUGGGUCUGUUUCUUGGUUGGCUCAACUUGGUGCUCUACCUCCGUAGGUCAGCGGUAGUAUUUAUAAUAGAUUGCUUAUCUGGCAAAAGAUAUGAGAAGAUCGUGUGUAGUGCAUGAAGAUCGUCAAAACUGAGCCAGUUUUUGUUUGUUUUCGCAAUUAACGAUCAGACACUGAUUGGCUUUUUGACACAAGACGUAAAGGAUGAACAAAGCAAACUGAAAUAACGUAGUAAACCUUGUCAGAAAUGUUCAUAUCCCGUAAUCGUAUCAGUGACAUCAAUCAUCUUGUAUUAGGACCUGGAAGGUCUGAGGAGGCUCAAAAGCUGUUUAUUGGGACAAGGGGUUUUCUAAUGGAGACAAUUCAAUAGACCUUACACACCCAGCCGUUUGCUGAUCUUUAAAAAAAAAUAAUUGGACCACAAAUAUUCUAUAUGUAGAUAUUUUAUUGAGAUUAAAAGUAAGGUGAGAAAACAGUCAACUAAACAAUAUUAACGAAUAUUUUCCAUGUUAUUUUCUUUUUUCCUUUUAGGCUGUCAACGUAUGGUAGGUUUGUGGUUAUGCUGAUGACUAUGAUACAAACGUUACUCAAGGUAAACUGCAAAGUAGCGAUUUUGGAUUGAGGAAUGUUACCUCUCAUCAGCAAUUUUAAGUCCAAUUUGCAAAGUGAUUUCUUAAUAUAUUCCCUUUCUUUUUUUUUAGGUUAUCAUUCUUUUUAUUCUCUUUAUUUUGGCGUUCGGAAUUUCAUUCUACAUUCUCAUGGGCAAUGUACGUAUAUUUUAGUUCUUUUCUUUUCACUACCCACUGCUUCGGCAUUUUUAUUUCAGGGUAAAUUAUUGAGAAAAGACAGAUACUGAGAAUUCAAAUGUAGAGGUUUUUAUUACGUUUGUUCUAAAGGUCCUAAUGGACACAAAUCCUUAACUUCAAACCUUAUAACUGCAAAGCUGUCGAAAACAGUCACCUAAUAGCCGGCUUUUGAGGAGAAAUCAAGCUACAAAACCAUUUAAUUUAAAAUUAAUACUUUCAAAGGAAACAACAAAAACUUACAUGGGCAGCAUUAGUCUUUGACGUAUCUUGAAGAGCGAACUACUGGAAGAUUUUGACUCGACUUACGUUGACAUGCAUUUAUUGCGAACUUAGAAACUCAGUCGUUUCGACCAUGUAUGCGGAAACUAAAGAAUCUUAAAAAGAUUCAUUGAAUGUUCAUUAUUACCCGUAUUAACAAAAUCAAGACGACCACAAUUGGACGUGCAAACUAUUUGCGAGCGUCACGAGUUUGUUUGUUUGUUUGUUAGUUAGUUUGUUUUUUUUUAACCAGAUUUACCCCCAGUCAAUUCUUAUAAGUAGCUUUCCAUAAGUUAUUAAGCCACACUAUAUCAUUCUGGCUCAUUAGUAAAUGUGUCUCCAUCAAGCCAUUAUUUUCCUACCCGACUAAUUUUCCUUAUUCUUAAUUUGUUUCCAGAAUCAGAAUUUAUUUGGAUCUCUUCCCAAAUCGCUGAUGAAGACUUUUAUUAUGACGCUUGGAGAGUUGAACUUUGAAGCUACCUACAUCAACAAAGAUGUCGACGUUCCAUUCCUUAACUUUGGAAUAUUUAUUCUUUUCGCGCUCGUUAUGCCAAUCAUUCUGAUGAACAUGUUGGUAUGGAACGGCAAACUUGUGUCCAUGUUGUUCCUUAAAGUUUCUAUACGACAGUACACGUAUCAAGUUUAAAAUUCUCUAUACAUUUUAAAAAUAGACGAAUAGGGUGCUUCCUUUCAGAUAACAUUUAACAAGUCACGCACCCAUUUUUAGAAAAAGGAAGUGUGAAAUGAAUCAGCUAAACGUGUAAAUUUAGUUACCCUGACGGAAGACAUUACUACCUUUAAAAUACCUUCCGUGCAAACAUACACCACAACUCACUGUUUUUCUGAUAAAAGCUUUUUGCGAAGUACUUAGGUUGUGACAAAUAUAUAUAGAUAUAUGAAUAAACACAUAGCCUUCGCAGAGAAUGAGCGGAAAAUGUUCCAUUAUAAGACCACAUAAAUCUUGCAAUAACGGAUCCAUGUAUUGUGAACCUGUUACGAGUGAGAAAUUCAAACUCUCUCCAGAUUGGUCUUGCUGUGGGUGACAUUGACAACAUUCAGAAGAAUGCUGUUAUGGAUCGUUAUAGAGUUCAGGUACAAACUGUCUUGGUUCUUUUUUUAUUUGUAAUUAAGUGACAGACACAAAUUCGUGAUUUACUGAACAGAUCAAAGGAUGAAGAAAUUAGUUUGGAAACGAAAGCCGAUUUGAGUUCUGCUGUCAAAAUAAAGCCUUUUGAAUGAUUGUGUUCGACCACAGAAGAAAAGGAAGUUUUAAAUCUAGUUAUGGAGGAUAUCAAGAAAUCGAGGGCUUCAGGAAUCGAAAGUAAUUAUGAUACUCAGUGUUACCUUUAAUUUUGCGAGUUAUCAGUCUCAAAUAUCGAAAUCCAGGUGGGAUCGUAACAUUAUAUUUUCUUGAAAAUUAUCUUAUCAUGAUAUAACUCAGCCAUGAACUAUAAAAAUUGUCUUAAUUUCAGGUCGCACUUCUUCUAGAGCUGGAAGAAUCUCUUCCUAAAUGGCUGUUACGCCGUCUGACCGUGAAAGAACACGCUGAGUAUCCAAACCACCCAAAGACAAUCUGGACAAAGGUGAUAAUGGCAAUGUUCAUUACCAGACUUGGAAGGCUAUCGCUUUCAGAUUAUUAAUCAAUAUCAUAACUUAUUAAUUAGUUAAAGGAAUUAAGGUAUUUGUUUCAAUGUCAUAAGGAUAGACUUGAUGUUAUUUUUAGAUGUGGAUGCUCUUCUGUGAUUUGGGUCGAGUCCAGGGAAAUGAAUAUGACCAGGGUAACCACGUGUCUGUGACUUUAUCUCAGCUGAAAGAUAAAGUUGAUGAACAAGAAAUCAGGUAUGGUCAGUCUGUGGCUUUAUUUCAGCUAGAUGGUUAAGUUAGUGAACAAGGAACUAGGUUUGGUCGGUCUCUGGCCUUAUGUGACUGAAAACAUCAGGGAUACCUUCUUUGUUCUUACUGCGUUUGACGUCAUCUGUGAUCUAUUACUGAAAAGACCUGCAGCAACACGGAGUUUAUUCGCUAAGCUGUUUAAAGGCAAGCUUCUGUAAUCAUGGUUUAUUUACCAAAAAUUGAUGUACCCAACUUAAGCCUAAAGAAAGAAUUCAGAAUAAAUAAUUUUGCUUAGUUUAAACUGAAGUAAAAUAUAAUUUACGUCGAUGUGUUGUGUUUGUAAGUUACCGGCUUUAUUCAUGUAUUCCUUUCUCCUCUUAUUCAUUCAUACAUUUACUGCCUUAUUCAAUUUUGUUCAUUCAUGCAUUUAUCUUUUAAUGUGUAUCUUGUCUAUUAAUUUCGUUAAGAUCAAAAGAGAUGGAAAGAAUUCUACACGAACAUUUACAAGUUCUGAAUGAGAUGAACCGUCGACUGAGAGGAAGCGAAGAAGGGACUGGGCGAAGAAUCAUGAACUGGUUCGGACUCCGGUGAAUAAUCACGGACUU